CGGCCACGGGGGGUGGGGCAGCCCCCUCGAUUAGCUCUCGCCCAGCAUAGCAUAGAUAUUAUUCUGGGCCUGGAAGUCCACAAGGCCUCUCUCUUGAUCAGUUGUGCGCGCAUUUGAUUCGGGUGCAGACUAUAUCCCGUACAUCCCGGGGUGCUAUGGAUUUCGAUGAAGUACUUAAGGAGGUUGGAGCUUUCGGUCUCUAUCAGAAGAUUAUCAUCUGCUCCGUCUUGCUACCGGCGGCAUUGCCCUGCGCCUUUCACGCCUACAGUCAGUUGUUCAUUGCAGCCACGCCAGAGCAUUGGUGUCGCAUUCCCGAACUCGAGCCUUGGACUCAGGAUUAUAUAGAACUUGUGAAGAACUUAAGUAUUCCCCGAAACAGACAUGGUUCCUUCGCAGAAUGUUCCAUGUUUGCUCGCAACUACAGUGAAAUGGUGCGCUAUCUGGAAUAUCGCACACCCUACGAACUACAAAGGGAGCAGUCAUCCAAAUUGCUAAGAUUAGAUCAGGAGUCAGUGGUGCCUUGUCAACAUGGCUGGCAUUACGACAGAUCCAUGUAUCCGAGCACAGUGGUUCAAGAGUGGAAUCUGGUCUGCGAUAAGAGCUUCUACGUUACCCUGGCUUUGGUUCUCUUUGGCCUGGGCGGUCUUAUUGGCAACUAUGUGUUUGGUUAUCUGGUGGAUCUGUGGGGUCGUCGACCUUCUUUUUAUGCCUACCUGCUGUUGGAAAUUGUGGCCUGUGCAGCCAGUGCCUUUGCCUGGAACUACUAUUCCUGGCUAGGACUGCGCUUUGUGGUUGGUCUCACUGUACCGGCCAUCCUGGCCAGUCCCUACGUCCUGGCAAUUGAACUUGUGGGUCCCGAGCGUCGUGUUUUCUGCACAAUCGUAUCCAAUAUUGCCUACUCUCUGGGUCUGGUGCUUCUUGCGGGCGUGGUCUAUUUGGUGCGAGACUGGCGAUAUCUUACUCUGGCGGUUUCCCUUCCACUGCUAAUGCUCUUCUCCUGCUUUUUUGUGCUGCCCGAGUCGCCACGCUGGCUGAUGGCUGUGGGGCAGCCAAAGCGUGCUGCAAGGAUUCUCAAGGUCAUGGCUCGUGUUAAUGGUGUUCAUGUAACGCGGGACUUUGUGGAGCGUCUGCAGCAUCGGCUGCUCACAACUCAACCGGCGGCAACCACACACUAUGGCAUCUUGGAUCUCUUUCGCGGCACCAACAUGCGAAGGAAGACGCUGAUUGUGACCCUGAUCUGGUUCGCCAAUACCAGCGUCUAUGUGGGCCUCAGCUACUAUGCUCCGGCACUUGGCGGCGAUGAGAUCUGUAACUUCUUUCUGGCCGGCGCAGUGGAAUUGCCCACUUACUUACUCCUCUGGCCAGGACUUAGUUAUUUUGGACGCCGUUGGAUUCUCUUCAUUUCAAUGCUGAUCGGAGGUGUGGCCUGUGUGGCAACUCUGAUGUAUCAGGAACAGGCGGAUGUGAUGCUGCUCCUGUACUGCAUUGGAAAAAUGGGCAUUUCCUCAGCGUUUGUCGUCCUGCCGCUGCUGGCAUCCGAAUUAUAUCCGACUGUGGUGCGAGGACUCGGCAUGAGCUUCAGUUCCGUGGUGGCCAUGACUGGGCCAAUAUUCAUACCUAUAAUUAACCACAUGGGCCAACAGAUGCUAGUGUUGCCUCUGAUUGUAAUGGGAGCGUUGCUUAUUGUCGGCGGUUUUGCGAGUCUAUUUCUACCGGAAACGCGGGGCAAGAAUCUUCCACAGACUUUGGAGGAAGGUGAGGCAGUCCCGCUUAGUUUCCUACUCUGCUGUUGCACAAAAAAUCGGCAAAGUCAAUGCCAGAACAAAGGAUUGGGCAAAAACAGGAAACUGCCUGAGGAGGCCUCAACAGUUUAUCACCGAGUCGGCGUAGGAGGCUCUGCAACCUGUAAAGUUGUCUGCAGUAUUUGUAAAAAAGAAAUGCGAACUUUGUAAUAAAUACUUUCAAUAUUGCUUA